GUCAAAGUCAUCUUGUUUGCUGACUACAGUUAGAAGAAGAAAAAGAAGAUGGCGGAACGCGGUUACAGUUUCUCUCUCACCACAUUCAGCCCAUCGGGGAAACUGGUGCAGAUUGAAUAUGCAUUGGCUGCAGUAGCGGCUGGAGCUCCCUCAGUCGGCAUCAAAGCUUCCAAUGGAGUCGUCCUGGCAACGGAAAAGAAACAAAAGUCUAUUCUGUACGAUGAGCAGAGUGUUCACAAGGUGGAGCCCAUCACUAAACACAUAGGCAUGGUGUACAGUGGAAUGGGGCCAGACUACAGGGUUUUGGUCCGACGGGCCAGGAAGCUGGCACAACAGUACUUCCUAGUUUAUCAGGAGCCAAUUCCCACCGGGCAGCUUGUCCAACGAGUGGCGUCUGUAAUGCAGGAGUACACACAGUCUGGUGGAGUGCGCCCGUUUGGUGUGUCUUUGUUGAUAGCUGGUUGGGAUGAAGACCAACCCUACUUGUUUCAGUCAGAUCCUUCGGGUGCAUAUUUUGCAUGGAAAGCCACAGCCAUGGGAAAGAACUACGUUAAUGGAAAAACAUUCCUGGAAAAAAGGUAUAACAAUGACCUUGAACUGGAAGAUGCCAUCCACACAGCCAUCUUGACACUAAAGGAGAGUUUUGAAGGUCAGAUGACUGAGGAGAACAUUGAGGUUGGCAUCUGUAACGAGGCCGGCUUCAAGAGGCUCACCCCAGCGGAGGUUAAGGACUACCUGGCAGCCAUUGCAUGAGCCCUCCACAUCUGACCAUAUUUCCAUUUGGUGACAUACUGCAGUAGCCAACAACUGCAUCAAUCCUAUUCCUUUUGCAAUCUGAGAACUGACGUAACCAGCUAGAUUUGUGCACUUUUUAAAAGCAACCGACCCUGUGAAACUACUGUACUGUAAUUGAACCCCGUAUAGCAUUCGUUUCAUUUACCACAUUUGGAUUUCUAUUUAGGCACACAGUGGCUGUUGGCUACUGCACAUGUCUAUAAAUGCAGUUUUAUAUGAGUAAAAUCUCAAGUUUUCCAUGUAAUUAGACUUCCUGGUUUUCACAAGUGUGAUGUAAUAAUAUAGUUUGCCUCAACAUUAAUAAACUAGUAAAAAACAACGCCAAUGGAAGGUUUGAGAUUCCUCCUCUUAUAAGAGUGUGGUUGUCUGUACAGCAGUUUUACACAAUGUACUUUUCUGACUUGGAAGGAUCAAAUUUGUAUUUCCUCCUUGGGUUAAUCAUUCUCAUAUUCAAAUAAAACAGUAUGCCGAGUUGA